AUGCUGGCGAGGACGGUUUUGUGCGUGGUUUGUGUGUUGUUUGUCGUUGCACGAGGCGACAGCUUGCCCGAGGUAAGACUAAACGCCGAUGGCGACUUCGUCGAUCCCAGUGGACGCAUUAAGCUCUUUCAUGGCUUCAACUCAGUCUACAAGAAACGACCCUACUACAAUGCUGCCGACGUGAAUGCUAAUAGGCUCAAGUUCUUCCGCCAAUGGGGGUUUAAUGUGGUUAGACUGGGGGCUCUCUGGCACCCGGCAUUCCCCACGGGCCCCGGCAAGGUGAAUGACACCUACUUGAAGGCGAUCGAGGACCAAGUGGAUAAGUUCGCGGAGGCUGGAAUCUACGUGAUUCUUGAUAUGCAUCAGGACUCGCUGUCGUCGAUGUACGGCUCCUACGACGCCAUUCCGCUGUGGCUCCUCGAGUCGUUUCCGCGACCCAGGGGGUUCCUUAAGUACCCCUGGCCUAAACGAUCGAUGCCGAGUGGAGACUGGGAGGGCUACGUGACUUUUGCGUGUCAAAAAGCCUUCCAGUGCAUCUACGAUAACCACACAAAUGCCUGGAAGCAUUGGGGCGACUUCUGGGUCGAAAUUGCUCGACGUUUUAAAGAUAAAUCCAAUGUGCUGGGAUACGAAUUGAUAAAUGAGCCGUUCGCUGGCAACAUCUACACAAACCCUCUUCGUGGUAUUCCUGGCUACGCGGGAAAACACAACUUGGCGCCAGUUUACGACUACCUCGUCGAGCGGAUACGCAGCGUGGACGAGCGCAAGUUCAUCUUCUUUGAAGGCGUCACGUGGAGUGUGAUUGGGACGGCGAGAGCAGACAGCUUCGCCGGUCCGGGCUUCAAACGCGUCCCCGGAGGUGACAAAUUCCCCCAAGAGUAUGGACGCAGCGUAUUCUCCUACCACUACUACUGCCCGCUCAUUGAAAUGGCAAACACAAAAAUUUUUUCGCAGCUUAUAAUGCCAAAGAUGUUCUACUCGGUCAAAGGCAUUGCAAAACAACUAAAAAGCGGUCGAUUUUUAACCGAAUUUGGAAUAUGCGUUCCUGACGGUAAUCCGAAAUCAAUCAAUACGAUCGAGUGCAACGCGGUUAUGAAUGGCGCUGAUGCGAAUCUUCAGUCGUGGACCUAUUGGGACUCGCAAUUCUUCGACACCGACGACAAGCCAAUUAUUAACCAGGCAAGUCUGCUUUCACGUCAAUUUUUUCGUCUAAUGCGAACGCAAUCAGUGAAACCAUUUGCGCGAUUCUACCCAAUGGCGACUGGUGGCACCCCUAUAAACCUCAAAUUCGACGUUGCCACAGGAUCAGGUUCCUAUGCCUUCUUGACAAACGAAGUGACUGAGGCACUGAGCAAACAGGGAAAGGCGAUAGCAAGCAUCUUUCUGCCGCUGGAGUUGUACUAUCCUCAAGGCUACGAGGUAGACGUGGUGCCCAGUACAUUUACCUACAGUGCCUCAAAUGUCAAUGAUCAUAUAAUCGAGGUGUUUGCGCCUGCAGAUGGAAUUAUGAAGGAUGUUGUGGCAGAAAUAAAUGUUCGCCCCACACAAAUGCCUCGCAUAAACCAUUUAGCAAUGUUGAUUUAA